CAACUGAAGAUGGAAAGUUGGUCAGUUGAGCAAGUCUGCAGCUGGUUGAAACAGAGAAAUUUAGGAGAACUAGUUCCUAAGUUCCGUGAAGAAGAAGUAAGUGGAGCAGCUCUUCUGGCUCUUAAUGAUCGUAUGGUGCAACAGCUGGUGAAGAAGAUUGGGCACCAGGCCGUGCUGAUGGACCUGAUUAAAAAAUACCAGCAACAGAAGAGUGGGCUGGAAUCCCUCACAUGCUGUUGUGAAACAGCUUCUCAGAAAUUUCCAGAAGUAAUCAGUGGGGCUACUGACAUACAGAUGUUCAAAUCUUCUGGUCCUGUGGAGCAGAAAAAAUAUCUGUGUUCGGCUAAAAAUGCAAAAGGACUGAUUGAUCAUAGAGUGCUAAAGCAAAAAAAAAACCUGAAAUCAUUUUUUGCAAUACACAAGACAUUGCAGUGGACAAGUUCUUAUGCUUUGCCAGACUUCCCUUAUGAUGUCAAAUGCAUAUUAGCAGAAAAAAAAUGCCCUGAUCACAGUAUGAGAAUAAGGAUUAUUGAAUUUUUACAAGCAGACAUGACAAAAUACCUAGAAGGAUCACUGUAUCCGAACAGUCAGCAAUAUAACAUUGUUGUCAAUGCUCUGCUCCAGGCAUACCCAUUCCUUGAUGAAGAUGGGAAUGGCUUUUUGCUGUGGAAACGGGCCCUUAAAGAUCGUUUCAAAUACAUACGGAGACCCAUUGAAGAUGAUGAGCAAGUCCUGAGGAACAAAUGCAAAUUUGGCCACAGGAGAGGACAGAGCAGAAAAUCUUCAUUUGGUGAAAAUAAACCUGAUGAUGUCCAGGUGCAGGUAGAGGAAAAACCUGCUCAUCUUAAAGGCAGUGCAAUGGAUUUACAUAUUAAGUGGCUUAAUCAAGAAUAUAUGAAAACUCAGAGGAACUGGGAAGAAGUGGAUAACAGAAUGAAUGUGACAAUAGAAAUACGGAGAAAGAUGAUCAGCGAUAAGACACCUUUAAAAGAUAUUCUUAGACUAUUUCCUUUCUUACGAUGCCCUUAUCAGCUUUUUAGGGAGUUCCAGCUUCUCACACAUAUGGACAUUUAUAAGAAAACAGUCGAGAUAUUGGAGAUUUAUUCAGAAAACAUAUUGUCCUUCUAUGUGGUGAGGAAUAAUCCAAUUAACAUUAUGCUGCAAGAAAAUCUGAAGCAGUACACAGAGGAAGACGUUCUGAAAUACAUGAAAAUGACUGCUGCAUGUUUACUCCUGCCAGAGGUCUUUGGAGAUGAUUCCAGUCUGUUUGCUGCAGUGAACGAGGAGGUAAAGGCAGUGACACCAGUGUUGGAAGUGAAAAAUCCCUUCGACAUGAAUUCAUGCGAGUUUGCCCUGUACAUAGAAAGGGAAGAGUUAGCCCAGUUUGAUGACUGCACCAUGGCUCUGGCAGCUCUGCUGGCUGCAUUUCAUGUGUUUGAUAUCCCAUUUCCAAAGAGAAUCCACAGGACACUGAACUUCCUGGAGUCCCUGGUCUUUGAGGUGAGGAACCCAGCAACCCUGCCCACCCCGGUAAAGACAGGGCUGGAGGCACCCAAGCUUCCAGUACCUGAUGGUGCAACCAGCACUCCUCUCAAGAGCAUUUGA